CCUGGUUCCUGAUAGAGAGAGGCCGGGCCGAGCAAAGCCUCUUCACUGUGGGCUCAUGCGUGGGCUCUUCAGAGGCUCUGCAGUCACACGUGGAUCCCAGAACCCAAGAAAGCUCCCUUAAAAGACCAUGAAGAGCUUCUGCGAGCUGUUGCUGUGCGUGAUCGUGACCCUGUGGCUGCCCACACGCGCUCAGGGCUUCUCUGGGGGGGCCAGUCGCUCGGCCUGUUUGGACAUGAAGCCUGGUCACAUCCGCGCCCAGCCCCAGGACGCCAGCCGCGCCUUUGUCACGCUCUACACUGAUGUGCGCUCUUACCUCCCAGGGGACACCGUGGCCGUGGCGGUGAGAAGCACCCGAGACAUCAUGGGCUUCCUGCUGCAGGCGCGGACAGUGGCGGAGCUCCGUCCUACCGGCUCCUUCGUGGCGACGCCAGUGGGCUCGCGGCCACUGGCCUGCGUGGAAGAGGCCGACACGGUGACACACGCCGACAAGCUGCUCAAGAGGAACCUGUCGUUCGUGUGGAGGGCGCCGGAUCGACCCGUCGGCGACGUGCGCUUCCUGAUUACGGUGGUACAGUCUUACUUCGUGUACUGGGCCGGGAUUGAAUCUAGCGUGGUGAGCGAUGGCACGGGGAAGAGCACAGAGGCAGCACAGGAAGCGGACGGGGUCUUCAGCACUCCCAGCCCAGGGUCCCCAGGCUCCGUGUUGAAAAAUGGGGAGGUGUUCCCAGGAGGGGGAGUCCCCCAGGGGGCCAUAACCCCCCUGGACAGGAUGUUUCAGGCUGGUACCUUGCAGCCUUCCAAGCUUGACCUGGGGCACGACGCCACCCCAGCUCGCACCGGUGACCCCACACCUCUUGCACUGCCUCUAGACUCAGAGCAGAUAGGGGAAGACAGCCAGACCCCCAUCGCGACACUGCAGCACUGUCGGGGGUGUAAGGGUGACACCAAGCAGGAUCCAGGGGAAAGCCUGCUGCUGCCGGUCAGCCCAGAGGGGGGUGAUGUGGAGCUCUGGCAGGCCCGACACAGCCUGUUGGUGGGCCCUGACCCAGACACCAAGGCCACGCUGGCAGAGACGGAGAAAGUCACCUAUGCCAGAGCAGCAGCCUGGUCACGGGUCACCUCUGCCCCCCGGCUCUCCAUCCCACGUGCCAUGACCUUGGUCACACACUCCCGGCUGCAAAAGGCUGUCCCAGGCUCUAAUGUGUCACAGGGGGGAGAACUGGGGCCCCCGAAGGAGAAGGCACCAGAUAGGGCGCCUCCCCUAGGUAGGGCCCAGCUAGGUAUCCUGUUGGGCAUGGGUGCCGGGCUGGGCAUGGUCCUUGCAGCAGGCCUGAGGUACCUGCACAGCCAGUACUGCUGGAAACGUAGCGAGGUUUCCUUUGGUGAAAGCAGCCCAAGGGGUGGAGUCAUUCACGUGCAGGAAUGUGGCGACCUGGUGCAGGUGCGCAAGAUCCGUCAGGACAGCUUUGUGGUCCUACAGGCAGAGUAUAAUGUUCUGAGUCCCCUGGGAAACUGACACUCUCAGCCUGGCACAGAGACACAGACACACAUAGCCGAGCAGAGAGACAGAGACUGCCAUACAUGGCCAGGCACAGACACAGAAACUGACAGACACAUAGACAAAGACUGACACUUUUUCUGGCAGAGAGACAGAGACUGACACACUCAGCCUGGCACAGAGACCGACACACAGAACCAAGAACAAAGACUGGGACACACUCAGCCUAGCACAGAGACCGACGCACAGAACCAGGAACAAAGACAGGGACACACUCAGCCUGGCACAGAGACCGACACACAGAACCAGGAACAAAGACAGGGACACACUCAGCCUGGCACAGAGACCGACACACAGAACCAGGAACAAAGACAGGGACACACUCAGCCUGGCACAGAGACCGACACACAGAACCAGGAACAAAGACAGGGACACACACAGCCUGGCACAUAGACGGACACACGCAGAGACUGAAACUAACACAGGGAGAUACACAUGCACACUUCAUUAAACCUUUCAGAGGGUAGAUCGCCAGGUGAAACGUGUGUACAACGUAACUAACAAUUAGGCCAACCACAUGUGUUGAAGUACAUUUAUAAUGAACAUACGUUUUUAUUUAAAUACUAAUUAUGAGUUUUAAUAGGCCUAUUUAACUGCAUAAAACAUUUUACUGUUUUACGCACAUUAAUAUUUUAACGCUGUGCCUGUCAAUUACAGGCAUGUUUUCUGGGGUGAAUCAAAGUAUACUGCAGUAAAAACUAACUGUGUUAUUAGAACAUCUAUAGCUGAUUAACAAAAAACGUAUGUAAACUAUAUGUAUGGUAGGGAUAGAGAACACCUUCAUAAAAUGUCUAAACACACACAGACAAAUACAAACACAUACACACUCCAAAUAAAAAAUGUAUUGCAAAUGUAUUGCUUUUUAAAAUUGUAUUUUCAAAAAUUGCCCGUUUUAGAAAAUUACAAGAAAUAAAAAAAUAAAACAAAACUACUGCAUUGUGAACAGCCUGAAAACGAAAAUUCACCAUUCAUCCAUUAGGGGUCAGGUUUGUACAGAACAUCAAAGUUAAACAUACAGUGACAUUAUGGGUGAAGUGUGAAAUGAACUGGAGAGCAGGGUCCCUCUACAAAGGGGGACGGAAGGACGAGGCUCAGGCAUCCUCACAUGCCGACAGCGAAGCGGAAUGUAUGCAAAGCCUGGGACUGAAAGGGCUGCUGUAUUAUCAAACGUUGAAGCAAGGAAAAAAAGCAGGUAUAACCAGGGACAAAAUCUCUAACUAUUCUCCCAUUUGGUCAUUUGAAAACUCAGAAAA